AUGGCUUCUAAAUUCACCAGAUUUUUGCAUUCCGAGACAGGCCCUAGGACAAUCCACUUUUGGGCACCCGUACUGAAAUGGACUCUAGUGAUCGCAGGAGCCAACGAUCUUCAAAGACCCGUUGAUUCUAUUUCAGGAACUCAGCAGCUGGCGUUGAUGGCUACAGGAAUGAUAUGGACCAGGUGGUCCCUUAUCAUCAAACCAAAAAAUUACCUUCUAGCUUCAGUUAACUUUUUUCUUGGUACUGUUGCUGGAUAUCAGGUUUUCAGGUUGGUUUCUUAUAGAAUAGGAAAAGGAGACACAGCUUUGCAGACAGCAAAUUAUAUCUUGAAAGGCGAAGACAAGAAGAACAGUAGUGAACAAGUUGUUGAGUCAAACUAG